AUGAAGGCCCUCAACUUAGGCUCAAUGGGAGGCAUUGCCUUCCAUCCUGAUACCAGGAUCAACAGAUACUGCUGGGCAUUGGGCUGGCUGAUUGAAUUAAGCACUGACAUCUUGGCCUCACUCCCACUGCAGUCAGUGCUUAAGACUCUGUCUCCACUGGUCUUCAAGUACCUGAACCUCCCCAUCAUCGGCUCCGCCAACCACAUCUGGUCAAUGAUCGCCCCUCUCCUUAGCAAAGCACCGCCACCCUGCAGGACACAGGGCGCCCCCAGCAGCCCCAGCGCCCACUCCAGUAUGACCACACGUGAGUUACAGGAAUACUGGAGAAGGGAGAAGGGCAGCCACAAGCAUGUCAAACUGCUCUUCGAGAUUGCUUCAGCCCGAAUCGUGGAGAGGAAAGUCUCCAAGUUUGUGAUGUACCAAAUCGUCAUCAUCCAGACGGGAAGUUUUGACAGCCACAAAGCCGUCCUGGAUCGACGCUAUUCGGACUUCGAGAGGCUGCAGAAAAGCCUGCUCAAGGAGUUCAGGGAAGAGAUCGAGGACGUGGCCUUCCCCAGGAAGCACCUGCUGGGCAACUUCACCGAGGAGAUGAUGUGCGAGCGCAAGCUGGCCUUCAAGGAGUACCUGAGCCUGCUGUACGCCAUCCGCUGCGUGCGCCGCUCGCGCGAGUUCAUCGACUUCCUCACGCGGCCCGAGCUGCGCGAGGCCUUCGGCUGCCUGCGGGCCGGCCAGUACCCGCGGGCGCUGGACAUCCUGGUGCGCGUGCUGCCGCUCCUGGAGAAGCUGACCCCGCACUGCCCGGCGCUGCGGGUGCCCGCGCUGUGCGCCGCGCUGCUGUGCCACCGCGACCUCGAGCGCCCCCUGGAGGCCUUCGCGGCGGGCGAGAGCGCCCUGCAGUGCCUGCACGCCCGCGAGGGCCACCGCUACUAUGCGCCUCUGCUUGACACCCUCAUCAGUUUGGCCUACGCGCUAGGCAAGGACUUUUCGGCCCUCAAGGAGAGGCUGGACGAGUGCCAGCUCCGGAGGCCCACCUCGCGGGCCUACUCCCUGAAGGAGCUCACGGUCCGCGAGUAUCUCAACUAG